UAUAUAUACUACUCCAAUUACAGCUCACAAGUUCAUACAAAACUCAAAGUCUAAUACCUCUUAAGUUAUUAGUUAUUACUAAAAAGAAGUAAUAAUGGGAAGUAUUGAGAGUCAAGAAACACAUGUUCUAUUGGUAGCCCUACCGUACCAAGGUCACCUCAAACCAAUGCUCAAAUUCGCCAAACUUCUCUCACGACCGAACCUACACUUCACUCUCGCCACCACCGAGCAAGCCCGUGACCUCCUCUCGACCGCCGCAGAAGAUGAACAACCUUGCCCGGUGGACCUCGCUUUCUUUCCCGACGGUCUACCUAAAGACGACCCAAGAGAUGCAGAUUCUCUCAUCGUCUCGUUGAGAAAUGUCGGAGCCAAGAACUUGUCUGAAAUCGUCGAAUCAAAGAGAUUCUCUUGCAUGGUCACCGUGCCAUUUGCUCCAUGGGUUCCAAGUGUUGCAGCUGCACACAACAUCCCUUGUGCACUCCUCUGGAUCGAAGCUUGUGGAGCUUUCUCGGUUUAUUACCGUUACUACAUGAAGACAAACACUUUCCCCGACAAUCUCGAAGAUCUGACACAAACCGUUGAGUUACCAGGUUUGCCAAUGUUGGAAGUUGGAGAUCUCCCUUCAUUUCUCUUGCCUUCUGCAGGAAGUCACCUAAAUAACCUAAUGGUGGAUUUCGUCGAGUGCUUGAAAAAUGUGAAAUGGGUUUUGGUUAAUACAUUUCACGAACUCGAGUCAGAGAUAAUCGAUUCGAUGUCCGAGUUGAAACCGGUAAUGCCUAUCGGUCCUUUGGUUUCUCCAUUUCUAAUGGGAGCUGAUGAAGAGAAAACCGUAGAUAAUGGUGAUUGCAUGGAGUGGCUUGACAAGCAAGCUAGGUCUUCGGUUGUUUACAUAUCUUUCGGAAGCUUGCUCAAAUCUUCGGUUAAUCAAGUCGAGAGCAUAGCGACGGCUCUGAGAAACAGAGGAGUUUCAUUCCUCUGGGUGAUUAGACCUAAGGAGAACGCUCAAAACGUCAGCGUUUUGCAAGAGAUGGUUCAAGGAGGACAAGGGGUCGUUAUCGAGUGGGGUCCUCAAGAAAGGAUAUUGAGCCACGUGGCGAUCUCUUGUUUUGUUACACAUUGUGGGUGGAACUCGACGAUAGAGACGGUGGCGACAGGUGUUCCGGUGGUGGCGUACCCGAGUUGGAUCGAUCAGCCGCUUGACGCGAGAUUGCUUGUGGAUGUGUUCGGAAUGGGAGUGAGGAUGAGGGAUGACGCUGUGGACGGCGAGCUUAAGGUCGCGGAGGUUGAGAGGUGCAUUGAGGCUGUCACGGAAGGACCCGCCGCGGAGGAUAUGAGGAGGAAAGCGAUGGAGCUGAAGAAUGCAGCGACAUCGGCGUUGGAGCCUGGUGGUUCGUCGGCUCGGAAUGUGGACUUGUUCAUCGCCGAAAUCAACAACCAGUCAACCACCUGACGACUAUGCUUCUGCUUUGAAUUAAACCGGCGAUAACCGGAUUUUUGUUUCAGUAUUUGAACCAAAUGUUCAUUAAAAUGAGUAAUUGGAAUUUUUAAUAAAAGUAUUAUAUUUUAAGUUUUUUCCAAUUAGUUUGUCUGAAACAAACUUCAGCUCAUGAUUUUACAAAAGUUGAACCAAACGGUUACUAAAAUAAGUAACUUGAAUUUUAAAAAUAUAUUAUGAAGUAUUUCCAAUAGUAAUAAAA